GCGGAUCCAUUCAGCGUUUCUCUUCGAGCCUGAAGCAGAACUCGACAGCAGCCAUGGUAGCCUGGUCCGAUCAGGAGCGCAGCAUCAUCACCUCCAUCUUCUCCAACCUGGACUACAACGAUGUGGGCCCCAAGGCUCUCACCAGGUGUCUGAUCGUCUACCCCUGGACUCAGAGGUACUUCGCCGGCUUCGGUAACCUCUACAACGCUGACGCCAUCAGAACCAACCCGAACAUCCAGACCCACGGAACCAAGAUUCUGCACGGCCUGGACCGCGCCGUCAAGAACAUGGAUGACAUCAAGGCCACCUACGCCGAGCUGAGCGUGCUGCACUCCGAGAAGCUGCACGUCGACCCGGACAACUUCAAGGUAGGACCCGCGGCUCCCCGCACACCCAGCGUGCGGGACCCGGCGCUCCGGCGGCUCCCCGCACACCCAGCGUGCGGGACCCGGCGCUCCGGCGGCUCCCCGCACACCCACCGUGCGGGCAGCCGCUGAUCUGUUGCGUGUUCC